AACGGCAAAGACUAAGAAACGGAUUGCAUUUUGUUUGCGCUUAAACGGGUUUCGACUUUCCCCAGAAACCCUAAGAAAGAAACGCCAGGUUUCGAUAAAUUCGAAUCACCCGCGCCAAAAAUGUAAAAAGCCACUUUACGAUUUCAGGUCGGAUCUGCUUGAUAUUGUUCAUGCCAUAUACAAGGGAGGGAGAACUGCAGACAUUGUUCUCUAGCGAGCCUUGUUACAAGCUCUAGCAUGUUUUGGGGAUUCACAUUUCUUUCUGUGCUUUAGAAUUAUCUUGGAUGCAGUAGAAGGUCAAGUAUGGGCAGUAGAUUAAGGAGAGAAGAGAUGAAGCUGACCUUGGGACAAGCUUACUAGCCUCAGUCACAUUGACUAGUUACGAGAAGAGUUACAGAGAAUGGUUCGUUUCAAUGUUGAAGUGUGGAUCGUUAAAGUUCAAGGAGAUAACCCUAAAUAUUGGAGAGUUUACUCUCAACAUCUGGUGCAUGCCCUAUAACUUUAAGGUUGAACAGUUGAAGGAUAUACAACCAGAUUCAAUAUCUUGAAAGGCUCAUCAUCUUGGAAAGCUCCGAAGGUGGUUGUAUGCAGUAAUCACUAAUGAGGCUUGAAAUAUGCCAUCAGAAUCUGAUAAGUGGGGAUGGAAGCAUGUUACUGUGUUUGGCAGGUUUGACAAAGGAAGUGGUACCAAAAGGUGGAAAUGCAACCACUGUAACAUACGUUAUAAUGGAUCUUAUUCUCGUGUUAGAGCCCACCUACUUGGGUUCUCCGGUGUUGGGGUCAAAAGCUGCCCAGCAAUAGACAGGUAUUUAAGAGAAUCCUUUCAGACUUUAGAGGAAGAGCGCAUAGCUCACAAGAAGAAAAAAUCUUCUGGAUGUACAAAGCCUAGCAAGCGCAUUCAGACAUCACGGCCAAGUCUUACCUGUGCCACUAAAGAAGAUAUAGAUGAAAUAGUAGCCAGAUUCUUUUAUGUUCAUGGAUUGAAUCUCAAUGCUGUCAACUCUCCUUACUUUCAUGACAUGGCUAAAGCAAUUUCUACUUUUGGCCCUGGAUACAAACCCCUGUCAGUUGAUGAGCUUUCUGAUUCUUUCCUAACUAGAGAAAAGGGAAGGAUAGAAAGAUCUUUGGCUCUAGUUAGGGAGUCCUGGCCUCACAUUGGAUCCUCAAUAUUGUGUUUUGGUUGCUUAGAAAGUAUGCUUGGCUGCUUCCGCAUUAAUAUAUUCAUCUCCAAUCCAAGAGGUCUUAUGUUUUUAAAAGCAGUAGAUAUAGAUGAUGUUGAUGGGGCAGAGAAUGUAUUUGCAGGUGUUCUUGAUGAUACUGUUAUGGAAUUCGGGCCCGGAAAUGUGUUUCAGAUAAUCUCUCAUCUAGGCAAUGCUAGCAAAUUAUCUGAUUCAGAUGUGUUGUCAAAGUUUCCUCAGAUUUUUUUGUCUCCGUGUACUUCACACUCUAUAUGCAUGUUGAUGGGAGAAAUAGCUGAAAUGGACUCCCUAAAACCCGUUGUCUACUGUGCUAAGGAAAUUGAGCAAUGCAUUACCACAUAUCAGCACUUUUCUCCAUGUAGGUUCAGUCAAAAUUUGAAGGGAAGUGUUGAUCCACUUUCUGUGAAGUUUGCACCUUCUUUCUGCAUUGUUCAGAGGAUUUUUGAGCUAAAGCAACAACUUCAAGAAUUGGUUGUCAGCGAAGGUUGGAAGCAAUGGAAGAUUAGUGCAUCAGAUGACAUUUUAAGUAUUGAAGCUGCCAUUUUAGGGGAUGACUUCUGGAGCAGCGCACAUCUGUUGUUGCAAGUAUACGAGCCAUUUGUAAGAUUGCUUCCUACACUGGAUAUUGAUAAACUUGUCAUGGGUGAUGUUUGUGACUGGCGGUUUCAGGCUGUUGAAGCCGUCAAAUGUAAGGAUAUUGAUUAUGGCAUACAGAAUCAGUUGGAAGAGCUGAUAGAGAACAGAUGGGAUGCAUUAUUUUCUCCACUUCAUGCUGCUGGUUACAUACUGAACCCUAGACAUUUUGGGAAAGGUCCAACCAAAGAUAAAAUUGUCAUGAGAGGUUGGAAAGCCACCCUAGAAAGAUAUGAACUGGAAAGUGCAAACAGGCUGGUGCUAAGAGAGCAGCUCAGCUCUUACUGGCGACUGAAGGGCUCCUUCGGAGAUGAAGAUGCUGUGGAUUGUAGGGAUAAAAUGGACCCAGUUGCAUGGUGGGAGAACUUUGGAUUUGAGACACCGAACUUACAGACACUAGCUGUAAAAAUUUUGAGUCAGGUUUCAAGCAUUGCAAUGUGUCAAAAGAUAUGGCAAGAAUAUGAGUUUCCUGGUCACGAAAUAUCCAACCGAUGGGGAGUGGAUAGAGUGGAGGAUCUUGUUUUUGUGAGAAACAAUCUUAGACUUGAUAGCCAAAGAAAUAUCUCAAACUCGUUAUCUGGCCAGAAACAUGUAAGUUUAUGCGCGUCGUCUGGAGCGAAGACAUGGGAUGGUGCUCAUCUUGAUCAAACAAAGGUGACUGUAAGUAUUCAUGACGAAAUCUGUUAGUCUUUGUUACUUUUAUGCUCAAAAUAUUGUAACUAAGGACUGCAUAAAGUUAUGGUCGGAGUUUUUUCUUUUGUGGGCAAUUUGUGAUUAGGGUGACAUUUUGCAAAGAGUUCUUCAGCUGUUAUAAUGCAAUAUUUGAAAUUGCUCAAAGACCUAAUAUGUUUUUUUUUUAAUUAUUUAUUUAGUAACUAAAAGUGUUAUAUAUAACAAAUGUAUUGAUAUCGGU